AUGUACAUCACCCUCCGGCGCUUCGCCGCCUUCAGCUCGGUCGUCGUCGUCAUCGCCCUCUUCACCUCGGUGCUGCCGCGAGUCCUGAACCCGACUCCUCCUACUCCCGAAGAGCGCCGACGAGACAAGCAAUGGAUCUCGUCGAGCCCCCACUGGCUCGACCGGCAGUGCUGCCGCUGGUUUAGCCUCUGCGGCCUGUGGCACGUCAAGUGGGAUCCUCCGGCGCUUCCGGGCACCGGCAUUGGUCACGACGACGACGACAACCACGAGCUGCGCAACAUCGAGCUGCGGUCGCUGGACGAAGAAGAACCCAGGCUGCUGAGCGUCGAGGAAAAGGCACAAGCAUGGAAAGAGUCCGAGGCCAGGCGGGAAGGUCCGAACAAGGGCCGCAAGCUCAAGGGCAUUCCCGACUACGUUCUCAACCAUGCGCCGCUGGUGCACCUGUACUCGCAGGAGAACUUUUGGCCGUCGGACAUCGCGGAAUUCGUCCGCCAUAUGUCGCCGUACACCCACAAAGGAGAGUUCAACAGCUCGUUCCCUGUUUCCCUGAACGAGCUGCACAAGUUCAACUCCAUCCUCGACAUGGUUUAUCUCACUAGUGAGGUCGAUGUUGAGGAUAGACCCGAGUGGCUGCACAACCGCGAGGGCGAGCCUGCUGAGUUCACGGAGGAGGGAGACGAAGUCCCACUGCGGCCGAACCCCAAUGAUGGCUUUGCCGGCGACGACACCACUUGGUUUGAUGUGGACAAGGACCAUCCGCUGCACCGCAUCUCUGACCCUCGCAAGGUCUCCAGCCCGGAACAUAUCGACACGAGACGCCCUCCGCACCACGUCGGAGAGAAGCGGCCGCCGCACGACUCGCGACUCCGUGAAAGCCGUCGCAAGAGGAACUACGAGGAGGUGGCCGGCGAGCAGGUCCCGUUCAUCCCGCGAUACAAGCCCGAUUCCAGCGGCUACUCCAAGGCUCCCGCCGUGCUCGUGCUCGUGGACAAGGGGUCGGGUGUCCUCGACGCCUUCUGGUUCUUCUUCUACUCGUACAACCUCGGCCAGACCGUCUUCAACAUCCGCUUCGGCAACCACGUCGGCGACUGGGAGCACUGCAUGAUCCGCUUCGAGAACGGCCAGCCGCGCUCCCUGUUCCUGAGCGAGCACGCCGGCGGCCAGGCCUACGCCUGGGACGCCCUCGAGAAGUUCUACCCGCACAGCGACGGGCCGAUGCGCAGGCCCGAGCGGCCCGUCAUCUACUCGGCCGUCGGCAGCCACGCCAUGUACGCCCUGCCCGGCGAGCACCCCUACGUCCUGCCAUUCGGCCUGCUGCACGACCAGACCGACAAGGGCCCCAUCUGGGACCCGGCCAAGAACUACUACGGCUACCACUACGACUACAUCGAGGACCGGGAAGAGGAGCGCCAGAUGGAUAUCCUCGGGGCCGAGGCCAAGCGUAACGAGACGGCGUACAAGAGCCUCAUCCCCGCCGAUGUCAACCCGGGGCUCGCGACCUCGUGGUUCCACUUUGAGGGCCCCUGGGGCGACGAGACGUACGGCCUCGGCGACGCGCGGCAGUGGAGGCUGUUUGGGCAGUACCACUACAUCACGGGGCCGUUUGGGCCCAAAUUCAAGUUCCUCGAUCGGGAGAAGGUGUGCCAGACGGACCGGUGCCGGAUCCUACACAGCCUUGACCUGGGCAGGAAGGGGACUUGGUAUAGCUAA